AUGGCCACAAAAUCCAUGGAGGCAACGUCUAGCUGCAUACCUUCUUUUGCUCAAACUCUGAAACUCGCUGAGUCUUUACCAGCCUACAGCUGUGAAAACGGGGCAUUUUUCUCGGAGCAUGACAUCGACAGUACAGGGGCCAAAUCAUCGACACUGUUCCUUACUCAAGUCUCGGACAUGAGCCAAUGUACACGUUAUGUACAAAGCGAAUUUGAUAGUAUUUCGAAAGCUUUGGCCGCUUUGGCCUUUCCCCUUGAUCCUGGGAAGCUUUCAGUGCUGCGAUCGAAAUGGGAUGGGUUGGAUAGGGCGAUUGAAGAGCUGAAAAACGGAACUGAAAACCGUUCGAUUGAAAUGGAACUUGACAGCCUCAUCUCGGACUUCAAUUCAUUUGAUGUGGACUGGGCGAAUUUCAGCGCUUUGCUGUCAAAGAGGUCGAUCGACUUGGAGUGUACUGUUGCAGAGCUGCGAUUACAUGUGGACCAGUGCGUGUACCUUGUAUUGCUCAUGUCUCAAUGA